AUGCAAAUCGAUGCCCGACGGUUUAUUCUAAUUGAUUCUUUACCUACAGGUGCAUGUGGUCCGGGACAGUUCUUCUGCGACGGUCAUAUUGAUUCUGGAAAAUGUAUUCCGAUGAAGUGGUACUGCGACCAUGAGUUCGACUGUCAGGAUCACGCGGACGAACCAGCGGACGUUUGUCCCCCAAAGACAUGCUCACACGAUCAAUUCACGUGUCAUUUGACGGGUAUAUGCAUACCGCUGGGGUACCGAUGUGACGGCGAUGCCGACUGUGGCAUCACCGUCGACGGUCACAUCGACAGAUCAGACGAAGAAGACUCGCACUGUGACCAGAGUCUCAAAUGCCCGGUGAACAUGCAUCGAUGUCUUACGGUGGAUGUCUGCAUCGACUUGGCCAAAUUCUGCGACCAUCAACUGGACUGCCCGGACGGAUCCGACGAAGGACCGUUUUGCAGCGGUAUAGCCGUUGUGCUGAAUGCUCCGCCAUAA